AUGGAGAUCACUAAGAAAUGGGACCUUCCGCUUCGGAACCACAGGAGGCAGAGCCUGGAGCGUCGCCUUGAAGUUUCCCUUACACCAAACGGCACAGGCGACAACAGCAGCGACGCAGCGUUGCUAUUGUCGUCCCGCCUUUCAGAAACUGAUACUUGUGAUAUGCGAGGUGGGAGAGCGGAGGGGGGUCGCGACUACUCUACUCAGCCAACCGUCUUCUCCGGAGGUCACCCGGGGAGUGUUUGGGGAUGCAACGCCAUGCGAGCGUCUACGCUAACUUGCAUUGCUCUAGAUCCUGCUGUGUUUCCACAGCCUUCGCUAGCGUCUCCUUGUUCGCACUUCCUGCGAUGUUUUCGACUACACUACCCCGCAGUCCGUGAAAAUCUCCUAGCUGCUCUUCGGUGCCCCGCAAACGAGUUCACGCGGAACCCACACAGACACGAAGACCAGGAGGGCAAGCGACUGAAGGCGCGAAAGAAGCGAGUAGGCAGUAAGCGGCGCGUGGGCAGCCGGCACUUUAAGCGGAGUACGCUCCGCUGCGACGAACGAGAGGAGGCGCCUCGAGCAUCCAACAGAACUCAGGCGAUCUGCCACGCCCCACUUUCUCCUGAGGCUGUUUCCGGCAAGGAAGCCAGAUGUGCCUUCUCUUGCUUGGUGCACCAUCGGACUGGAGAGGAACAUAAAUCACCAAUCGAGGACGCUGCAGCAGGCCGUGCAUGCUUGUAUCGUUCUGGUGAUGCGUUUAUCCUCCGCGACACACAAAAACAGGUUUCGCCGUCAACACUCAGGCCGCUGCAAGAUGACCAGCACCCCACUGCACUCUGUGGUGCAUUUCAGGCCCUUGACCGCCUAGCGAGCGAACUAAUCACACACCUGAGGAGACAGGCGACCCGUACUGCUCAGAGCCUCGUAGGUACAGAAGGAAAUAUGGACAGGUUCCCGAUAGCUUCUAGGCAUUAUCAGAGACUGAGUAGCUCUCCGCUUGCUUCCACAGAGUCCCCGCCUCCUUGCGGCUUGCCUGCAUGCCAACGGAGGCGCAGUGCAAGGAUGACUCCACAGUGGGUUAGCAGAAUCCAUCCAGAAGGUGAGCUGCCUGCCGAAAUCGGCUUAGGGGGGAGACGCGGCAACCAGGCUGGACUCUUCUUGAGCAAGACCGAGGGGGAACGACCGGAAUUAAUUUCAGCGAGUGGGGCUCUACACCGUAGAGCCAUGGUGCACGACACUUCAGAAUCCACUCGUUCUUUCUCGAACAGGUCGGGCCACAGACUUCGGAGACCACGCCGUCUCCCACGUAUUCCCUUUCCCCCGGCAGGGGCAGCCACAAGGCUGGCGCCUCGUACGCCGCUGGGUACGCGCCCCCAAAACAAAUUCAUGUCGCUCAUUAAGAAGCUCUUUUUGCAAACACAAACGCAGGAACAUGCCUGGACGGACACCACAUUGCAGGACGGUAUGUCAGCAGUGGCUUUGGUGAAUUCGUCAGCACUGACUCGUGUGAAGGAAGUUAAGAAAGAGGCCAGCGAGGGUCCCGAACCUUCCAACAGCAGUGGCUGCGUGAUCGACCUGCCAGAGCCUCCGCCCACGUCUCUUCCCUCCUGUCUCGACUUGUUGUCGGCGACUUGCGAGGCACCGCAUACACCAUCGCUGGCGUUUCUGCCGUCACCCACGGGGCUCGCCCAGCACGCAGUUGGUUUGCCUUCGCCUUCCCACGAUGCGCGCCGCCUGGGUCCGCUUCCAACAGCUCCAGCUUCCGACGCAUGCCCUUCGCCGCCCGCACGUUCACACGGUCGCAAGACACACCACCCUGCCCCGAACAAUACAAGUUGCCCAGCCGGAUGGGGACAUUUUAGUUCAGAGGGGCGGUUUGUUCUCAUCGACGCUCUCCGCUUCGGCGUGCGUUUGCUGCUACUCAGCGACAGAUACCCAUCUCAGUGCUUCUCCGGCAGCAUGCACUGGGUGCGUCGCCUGACGAGUCACCUCACUGUACUCAAGGCUCGCGUGAAGGAGCUUCUUCGGGGCCCUCUCCGCCCCGAAUUUCACAAACCACAGACCUCGAUCUGCACACACAUUUCCUGUCAGCGGGACAGGAUACGCACGAGCAGCAGCAAACGCGGGAGACGACGACCAUGCGGAAGUCGAACAGGAAAAGCCACACGCUCAGGGCUGAAGUGCAGGCCCCCGAUUUCGGCCGUCCACGGCGGCUACUGCGCCAGGGCUGACGGCGAUGAUGCUGCGCAGAGUGUCGAAAUGGCAACUCAAGCAGGACGAAAGACGCAGACGAGUAUCGAAAGCCCAAACCAACCCGACGCGAGACCACCGAGGAGCAACAAAAGCGACCUGAACAGCAGGUAUCCAGAGAACACUGCAGACGAUGAGGAUGCCGAUACGCCAAUCGAGGCCGAGACGCAAACGCCCACUCUCUGCGCGGCUUUGUCGGGUGAAAUAGCACGAAAAAGGCAACUGAGAGGGGUCGCCGGAGCAGCGAGACUCUCGCCGGCCGUUAGACGGCUGAUCGCAGUCGCCCGCCAGAGAUCGGCAGGGCCCUGUGGAAGUGAGAAGAGAAGACAAAGCCUCUCUUCGGCCUGCAGUUCGUCUCGUGAGUCCCUUUCCCCGGGUUCCUGUAGCUCCUACACACCUUCUGGUGCCUCACCUAGCCCUGAGGCCUCUUCGUCUUUGUCUCUCUCCAUUUGCCAUGCCUUCUUUUCUGGGCUCUCGCGUAAACCAUCGCGGUGUGUUUCAACACAUCCCGUCUUUCGUGGACAGUUGACGCACCCCAAACCUCAGGCAUCUCCUUCGACGCCCUCGUUCUUAAGGUUAGGCUCUUCUGCCUUGACCCCGCCGCACGCGUGCUCGUUUUGGGGAGACAGGGGCACGCGCAGACAGACGGCGGCCGUCAGGGCUCCGAUAUAUACGCCUGGUGGGCGCGGCAACCGCGGUGGCGGGGCCCGCGUGUCUUUUCUGAGAGACGCAUUAGUUGGGAUGACUAUGAAGGGCUCAGACGUAUUCAGACUGGGAAAACUGACGCAGCAGCAGAAGGCCAUUCUCGGCGCGCUGCUGCAUUCCACGCGCCUCAGCAGCCUUUUUCUUCGCUUCCUGCUGUCUCCGCUGGCGUUGUCGCAGUGCGCUCACACACGCGCUGAACCAUGGAGUGGCUCAGUGUCUCGCUCCCCAUCUUCUCGGUGUCAGAGCCCCCCGCGAUUUGGCGAAUGCAAAGACGCUGAGAUGAACGUUCUAUGCACUUGUUCCGGUGCCCAAUUGCAUGCUGCAACUGGCGAGCGUGCAGCCUGGUCUCCUCAAUUAUCGGUCUCUCUCGCUUCUUCCUCUUCCGCUCCCUCGGCAUCCUCCCUGGGCGCGUCCGGUUCCUUGCUACCUCGUUCUUCCAGGCGCCGCUCGCCUUCCUCUCGUUCCUAUGUUUCGCCGCUCCCCGCCCCGAGUCCCUGUUGGACGACGCGAUCUUCCUCGCGUCCUUCGUCGUGUGAUGCUGUUUGCAUGAGCCCGUCGUCUGCUUCCUCACCAUCCGUGGCUUCGUCGCGCGAUGAGGCGGAAAGAUACGGAACUCAGAUAGGGACGCGAGUACAGCGCGCGUGCGUAUGCCAGGGCCCCGAAACGCUAAUAGGAGCCGUGGCGACGUAUUUCAAGUUUCGCCCUCUUGCAGGCAGAGUUCUGCUUCUUUUGCUGCCGCCACGCAUUUCGGCACAGGAAGACAAAGUAUUGUUUCAGCCUCUCGGCUGGCGAGAGAACGCCCAGGCCAGCGUCGCGCGGGCGCAGACGCGGCUGACGAAGCACGGUCCGAACGACGUCCAAGGCGAAGAGGAGAGAGCACACGAGUCGACCCGCGGGUGCGCAUUCCCAGGGCAAGCACGAGAGGAACUGCAGAAGGCAAAAAGAGAAGGCGCCGGCGGAAACAGAGAGAAUGGCCCGCGCUCCGGAAGUCGCCGGCCUCCGAGCGACGAAGACACCCGCAGCCGGGCGCACGCCCAUGUCUACGCGCUUCAAAUCAGUCGUCUGUCUUUGGCGGCGUUCCCACUUGCCUCGUCUUCCUGCUCUAGCUCCUCCUCGCCUCUCGCUGCCCCCGGUCUUGCUUCGUUGUCAGCCCCCCCUGCGCCUCGGUUCUGCGCUUCCCGCUCGACUGCAUCGCCCUCCACGCCGUCGUCUUCAGCGUGUCUCUGCAUGCCCGAUACAGCCUUCGCAUCUCUCUGUGGCUUUCUAUCCGGCGACGUGCGGGCGCUUAUGCACUCGUGCAGGUUCCUUCGCUCCGCCGUUCUUUCGACAUUCGGCACUUACCAUCAGCGUCUGAAUCUCCUUAUGGUAGACAUCGACGACACACGUUUGUCUCCAUUUUCGCUUUCUCCGUCUCUUCCGCUGGUCGCUGUAAAUCGGUCUUCUUCAUCGUCGUCUCCGGCGUCGUGUCGCACUGAGGCACCGGUCUCCCCUUCGGCAUCGCCUUCUCUGCUUGUCGGGGAGCCUUCCGCAUCGACGUCCCCAGCCGCUGCUUCUACACUCCUGCCACCGACGUUUUCUUCGUUUCGCUACACACACCUUUCGCAGGCCUUCGAGCUUGACCGCGAGACGCUCUUCUAUCUGCUUAGCUUCUGGCGGGGGGCCGCGGAAGCCUGGGUGGAGCCGCGCCAGCUCGCCCAGCUGCUGGCGUGCAUGCAGAGCUUGUCAAACCUCCGUGAACUCUCGCUCUUCGCUGACGAGGCGCUUCACGAGUGCUUCUCCCAGAGCGAGUCAGAGUCAGGCUUCUUCGAAGAAGCUCUGUGGCUAUCCGACGACGAGCCCGAGGAGCCGCGACAACCCAUCCGGCGCCGAGGAGUCGGCAGGCGGCGCGUCGCAGCGGCAAGAGUGUCAGCGACGCCGACGAGGAGACGUAAACGACGCCACACGCGACUUGGAGAGACCCCAAACGCAUUCGUGAGGGUGGCCUGUACCGCGCAAAGCUGUCUGAAGUCCGGAAGCGAUGAAGGAGGCAGAGAUGAAACGGGCGAAGCCGCACUCAAACUAAGGCGGAUUCGAGUUCAUCCUCGCGAGCCCAGCUCUGGUCCAAUAAUCCCUGGUGCGCUGGGAACCGAGUCACCCACGAAGGACUCGGGCCAUACCAGUUGCCGCUCGCAAAAGCGCGGAGAAGAAACGUGGAGACACUCGCGCCCCAGGCCAAGCUUGUCGGCAGCGCUCACACCUCCUUAUCAGCACUUAGAAGUCCUCGAAGAAGUGUGCCAUCUGUCGCCUCCCCCGUCGCAUAGUUCAGACAUGGCGUGGGCUGUACCGGUGCCUACGAGGCCUCGAAAGCGACCCUGCUGCGCACCUUCCUCCUGCCUCACGGCCGAGGAGAGCGACGCAUCCGAAGCUGCCAGCGUCAACUCACACACGCGAUCUCCGUCACCGUCCAUUUCCUUUUCUUGUUGGCCUUCACGGUUCUUCACACCUUCUCCAGCUUUCGCUUCGUCGUCUGGCUCUCUGUCGUCAAGCGCGGCGUGGCUCGCUGCCUCUCAAUCUGCCUCUGUAGGCCGGUCGGGCCUGUAUGGUCAGCGGGCGGUGGAGGCGUGCGUCGCGGCGUUUGUGUCUCUCUGCGCUCGCAGUGGGAAAACGCUAGAGGCGUUUUACUCCUCGGUCAAACUCCUGAACGUGCUUCCACAAGGAGCGCUUUCCGAGCUUCCGGUCCUUCUGUUACCCAGGCUCACGACCGUGGAGGGCUCGCCAGCGACAGCCUUCCCCUUUGUCUCCUCGUCCCUCCGGUUCGUCAGUCUCUACGGCGCAGAGACACUCGCGGGCGCAGUAGAGAGCCGCGCCCCUUCGCCGCCUGUCUCCGCUGGGCCCAAAGGUUCGGUUCCCUCGCGCGGCCGCUCCGCUGGGGGACUGCAGACCCCGCCGGGGGCCUUGGAGAGGGAAUCGGUCAUGCGCAGUGCGCUCCACGUGGAAAGGGAGGCUUGCGGCAAGGAAUGGGCGUUGAGCGACGGAGCGGAAACAAGGCAACGCGAGACCGCAGAACGCGAGGACUGGGGAGCUGGAGAGGAGAACGAAACAUCGGGAAGACGCGAUUCUGUCGGUGAGGCAUGCCUCGACACGCACGCGGCCUCGCCCUCUAGAGCUAGAGGCGAACGAGAACUUUACGAAGAAGCUGAACGGGCGCGAAGCGGACUGUCAGGCGUUCGCCAUACACACGAGUCAGGAGGCAAGGAGAUAAGCUGUUGGAGCCUUCAUGACGCGUACCUGAGUCUGUCCGUCUGGCGCAGUCGAGCGUCCAUCUCGACGCUUCUCUGCGAAGGCCUCAGGCUGAGCUUUCCGCAAGCGGAGGAUCCGCUAGGGGAGUGUUUGAGGCAUCCUGGCCUCGCAUCCGGAGGGGGCGCGGGCGGCGAGACGCGGAGGCCCUUAGAAACCCCCAAAGAUCAAGCACGCGACAGACAUCGGGAAGACGAUGUGAACGACGGGCAACAAGACUGCCGAGAAGGCAACGUAAGAACAGGGGCAACUCCAACCGACUCAGGCUUCGGCUUCGAGACGUUGACCUUCUCUCUUCCGUGUUCGCAUUCUUGGGAUGAGGCUCAGAGAGAUGCCUCAACUCCGAACCAACCGUUGUCAUCUUUGCCGUGUGACAUGUGGAGCGCUCCGUCGUUGCCUUCGGCGCCACCCUUCUUGCCCGAUGCCGGUGGUGCGUGGCUCCAGCGACAGUGGCCUCGUGCGAAUCGAUUUUCUUCACCUUUCGCUUCCUCUAGAAUUUCCUCGUCUACGACUCCCCAUUGCACGUCAUCCGCUGCCUUGUCGCCCUCGUCUCCCGUCUGCAGCAUUCCGCCGCUCCAUGUCUUCCAUUUUCCGCGCUUGACUCGCCUGCGGCUGCUGACCAUUGUGCAGUGCUUUUUGGUGCUCCCGCAACUCGAGGCUGCAGCGUUUGCGGUGGAAGGUCACGUCUGCUUGGUUUCGCCGCAGGGCCGCGGAAAGCCCAGAAGACCUCAAGAGGCGUCGCCGCUAGUCGUGGAGCUUCACGGCGCAGCGGAGGACAGCCGCUUCGGCCGGGCGAACUCCUUCACGUGGAUCGGCCGCCCAGGGAAAGACGAAAAACGGCGCGAGGCAGAGACGGGCGGAGGAAUGCCCGCAGAAAACCAGAAUGAGGCGGAAAGAGCGAGCCCACAAAGUGGGCUAGUCGCACAGAAAUCCCGGGGAAAAACUGUGCGAGCAGAGGAGUUUCCAAAAGGCAGGAACAUGCUGCGUGACCCCCAGAAGGAGGACCGGCAAGGCGCCGAGCGCGGGCGAGAGGCACCGCGGGCGCAGGACGCCAAUGGCGAAACAGACAAGCGGCAACGAAGGCACGCCGGAGACGACACCUGUAAACGCACCUCCGGUGGGCUUGAGAAGGAAAUAGAGCCGCAAGAAAGGCUUGUAAUGCCCGACGAGGAUGCGCCCUCUUCUAAGAGCUACGAAGGCCCAGACACGCCGAGGCUCUGCGCCUGCCACGCCCUUCCUCCUGCUGAAUCCCCUUCACGCCACUGGGCGACGUGUACUGGCGUGCGCCUCGUGCUGUCUUCGCCGUCUGCCCUGUUGCCUUCCGCGUGUUCAUCGUGGAGCAAGAUGGGAUCGGUUACCGUGGUGGGGCUGCCGCUCUGUUUGCUGCACUUCGCCUGUCCUCUCUUCUCGACAGAAAUACUCGCUGAGCGCCUUGCAGCGGUGCAGGUGGACAUGCCCGAGGGCGUGUCGACAGCCACAGUCGCCACGACGCUCAUCGCGCACUACCCGUACCGCAGAAGCAGAGACACAGAACGAAUGCCUCCACCUCGCUUGGAGAUCUGCGAACUCGGCGAAACCCGAGGAGAGCGACUCGGCGUCAGGACGCUCGCGCGGGCCGCUUGGAAAAAGAGACGAGAGGAUGGGCAGCGCGCGGGUGGGGGAGACUCUGAGGAAGAAAAGGGUGUUUGGGAGGGAAGCAACGGAGCGGCACGUGAAUCCGCCAAGGCGUCGUGGAAAGGCUCCAUAGAAGGCCGUGCAGACCAGGAGAAGGGAGAGGCAGAUUCUGAAGGAGCCGAAUUCGAAGAAGGUGGAGUCUUUGAAGGCGGACACAAGGAAGGCAACGCACACGCCGUGGGAGAUCAAGAGCGAGGAGGAAGCAGUGAGGAUAGAAACCAUAAGAAACCAGAGGGAGGCGACGAAGAAGCCAGAGCACGCCUUGAAGCGCUGACGCGAGGCGACAGAGGAGUGCCUGGCGCGGGUUCGCCGAACCCGUUUCCAGCGACACUUGAAGCGUCCAGCAGGGAGGCAGAAAACGCAGCGGACAGAAGAGAAGAAGGAUGCAAGGGCUCGCCGCCACUGCCAUUGGACGCUGACAGAUCGGUGCCUUCUCCACCUCCGCCUGCGGAGAAGCCCGCGACAGGGGACGACCGACAGUGCCUAGAAGAGACACGAAUGCUGAGCUCCAUCCAGAAGAGCACCCGCUGCACAAGACGCCAACGUGUGUGGAGUCACAUCACCUUUCGAGGCUCGAUUGCCUCCGGGGGGCUUCCCUGCUUGGUCUGUCGGACAUGCCGAGUUGAAAAGCAAACGCACCGGUGUCGCUUUCGCGAGAGGCUGCUUCCCGACGAUGUCGUCGCGCUUCUCAACUCCGCCGACUCCUGCUCGUUCCAGGAAAUUCAACUCGCAGACAUCCUUUGCCGUUUCUUUCCUUUCCCUUCUACUUGUUCAUCUGCUACUUCCGUUCCAGCUUCCAAUUCUUCUCGCCUCUAUUCGUUGCCACCCUCCCCCUCUACUGCAGGUAUCGACACGCGUCAUUCAUCUGUGUACUCCUUCGCGCCGGUUGCGCUCUCUCCCAACGUCUCUGCUUCCGCUGGCGGCACUGCUGCCCCCGUCUCGACUCCGCCACCGGGUCCUGGACUCUCUUCGCUGCCCAGCGAGUGCGACGCUGCGCCUUUGACUGCGCUCGCCAGUGUCAGCGCUUCUUCCGCCUGUUGCCAUACGCAAACUCCGCCGCGCCUGUCUUCACCGGAGGCCGCACUAGCCGCCUCGUCGCCGAUUUGCUCGGAUCGCAUCUUGUGUCUUCCGCCUUUGUUCGACGCCGGUUUGCCGCCGUGCCCCAGCUUCGCGCCGCCGUCGGCUCGCGCUUGUUUGCGGGAGUCUGCGUUCGCGUCUAUGUCGCGUCUGCCGCGUUCUCUUUCUCCGUCGUCCUUCUCACCCGCCCUGGCCCCGUUCAUCCCUCCAGCGGCGUCUCCCUUCGCGUCGGAUACGGCCUCUUCACGACUCUCGCCUGGUGUCGUCUCGACAGCAGAUCCGCUCUCACCUUCGGGGGGGUGGUUCGAUGCCUCUCUCGUUGCGCGCGAACACCACGAAAGCCCCUCCACGCGCUCGGAGGCAGCCUCCAGCGCUGCGCAGACGGCCGGCUUCUCCGCGUUUGCCUGUCCACGUUUCGCGACCCCUUCACCGCCUUCCUCCAGCCCUUUGUGCUUUGCGUCAGGACGGGCGCCUCGCGGGCCUUCGCGGACACCAGCUCCUGAGUCGUUCUCGGGCCCCCCGUCUCCUCCCUUCGCUGCGUCGAUUUGCGCGUCUGGACAAUCGCCUCAUCAGCGUUCGCUGCCGCAGAGCAUGCCGCGCCUGGAGGCAGAUGCCCGACACGAAGGCGAGAAAGAUACGUGCGACCCGCGGGAGGUCUGCGUGACCCUGUGGGGACUCUUCUGGGGCGAAGUAGCGGAAAAACUCAAAAAGACGCAUCGCGUUCGCUGGCGUAGAGUCGAAUCGACGACACUCAGCGCGGACUGUCUUCUGCGUGACGAGUGA